AUGGAGGAAAGGUUAGUUUUUCAUAAAUUGUUCCAUUUUCUUACUAAAUUUCCAAUUUAGAAAUUGUCAAACUCAGGAUCGUAAGAAGAGAGGCCAAAACUCGAUAUUACUCAGUGCAUUUGGCUCAAGAAAGAAGCAACAGCAGAGAAGGAUUUCCCCCGAAAAAGACCCUCAGAAAAUCUUAGUCCCAAAUAAGACUUCAGUGCAUUUCUACGAAGACUCAAAGAGGAAAUCUAACGAUAUCCCUGAUCAAUAUGAGGAAAUAAGUGAGUUCUCUUCAAGGCCGAGAACAAAGGCAUUUGCGAUUCAAAACGCUGGGUCAUUAUUUAGCUCCAAGACAGCUAGAAGUUACAAAACCCAGAGAAGUGCUUCUAAGUCCAAGCCGCAUGGGCCAUCACUGCAUCUGACUUCUGAGAGGAAAUAAAUUUAUUAUGUCGAUGUCUAAAUAAAAACUUUUAUCGUGAAAAGUCUAAUAAGAUACACAAGAAUUUAGACUCUUAUCUCAAUAUUAGCUCAUGAACUUUAGCUGAACGCCCAGAGGAGUCAUAUGAGUUCGAAAGGAGUAAUACUACAAGCAUGAUAGCUAAGAGAAUCUCUAUGAAGAAAAGAGCCAUUGAAGAGGCCAAUUCCUCUGUAACGUUCCAUGAGCGGCUCCCUAGCGGUGAAUUUGUGGUCAAGAAUGCACUUGCUCAUAUUCCUGAUCACUUCCUUCCCAAAAAAGAAAGAAAGGCUACCAAGGAAUAUGAGUUUAUUAAAUAAAAUGCAGGGAUACCUCAAAACUCUCAAACUAAGAAAAAGUGGCAAACGUAUCAAGAAGUUGAAGAGCUUCAUCAGCAAGUUAGACCAAUAUAGAGAGCCAGAAAUCAAGGAGGUCACUACAGGAAAGUCUUUCCAAAACCCAACCGGCUACCUUAACGACCUAAAGUCUUUGAUGAGCCGGGAUGCUGACUAUGUCACUCUCAAAGAUCUCAAAGAGAUGAGAGAGAAAAAGACGUAUUCUGAUAUGGAAAACCUGUCGAAGCAUGUCCUAUCGCAUGUAAAAUAAAAUUCAUUUAUUGGGACUCAAACAUUCAAAGAAUGAUGCAUCUAUAAGAGAAUCUGCUAACGAGAAGCCUCUGACAGAGGAAGAUGAACUCGAAAUACAGGAGGAAGUUCAUAACCUCAAGGUGAAAUAUAAGCUUAAGAAACCUCGUCAGAAAUCAAUGAAGAAGCUUGCCAAGAACAGAGAUUUACUAACAAACUGAUCAAACAAUUGGCCGAAAAGAAAGUCAUUUUCAAGAGUCAAUCUUAAAGCGAGUAACGAUAGCUAUAACUAUCAGCCUGAAAAUGCUACUCCAAGUGAAUACACUAGACUUUCUAAGCCUAGAGUGAAAACUGCAGUACACAGAAUUAGAUCCAAAAAGCAUAAAUCAAUGAUUGAUAAUAUCCUCAAGUUCUAACACCAUAGGUAU